GUCUUUCUUCUUCUAGCGGCCGCCACUGUCGGCACGGCCAAGUUCAACAACAUUACGGGAGGCCUUCCCAACGCACGCAGGCCCAAGUAUCCUGGCACGAAGAAAUGCGAUCCGACCCGCUGCAUUUGCACACCCGAAGCAUUCAUCGAGGCGUUCCUGAACACGCCUAACUUGAGCGGAAAUUUGACCACUAAUCCCAACCUCAAUUCCACCGUCAUCCCUUUUCCCGUGUGUGUUGGCGAGGAGCUUGUUGGUCGCGUGAACGGCAAUGGUAUCCCUCCCCUUACUCCGACGCUCUCUCCACUAGAUCGGCAAAAGCACAUGACUUUUGUAUUCGACAACAUUGGACUGGAAAAGAUCCUGGCCCUGGGGCAGUAUCGUGCGAAGCAGAUUCUGUCUUUGAUCGGAUACGGCGCGAUCGACACGUUCUCCUGCAAUCCUGAUCCGGCAAAGCAACAACUGGUCGUCUUGCAGAUCAAAGAGCCCAAUGUCGGAGGGGCGUGCCGGCGUAAGAAUCCCAACGAUCCCUACAGCAAGAUUCCCAACAAGUGCAACAGAAAGCUGAGGAUGUCUGCCAUCUGGGAUAACGCACUGGUCUGGCUUGAGCGUGUCUUCAGGAAAGACUUGAGCCGUUUCGAGCCUGCCAUGAACAUCCUCAAAACGACGCGAUUCGAGACGUUGACUGGCUGCCGCCCCGACGACGUCGCAAAGCUUUACUUUCCUUUCGAUAGGACUUUUGCGAACCUGACAGCCGCAGGCUGCUCCGACGUAUUCGCGAACGCUGUGGUCGAGUUUGCCACUACUCCCUGCUACAAGCCCUCCAUUGCGCAAAUGAACGAGUACGCCUCCAAGUAUCUCUACUACUCUGAGGGCCGCAAGGGCCGCAAGACCAACUACUGUGAAGCGGACAUUCUGCUCCAGCAGCUUGAUCCUACGUCGCCGGACAUCGCUCAGCAGUUGCGGGCAUACUUUUUCAUCACGCAGUCUUUCAAUGGCUACUAUGCCGGCUAUGGGUGGACUGCGAAUGACUAUGCGUUGCCGCAGAUCCCCGAGUGGUGGAUCAAUAAUCAGCUAUACGCCAAGGCAACAUGGGCCAGCGUCGGACUGAACUGCUCCAUGUCGUCCGAUCCAGCAGAGGUCCAGGCAUUCUCCGUCGAGAAUGCUUUCGUGCCUUACAUGGCUGGUUUUAAUUAGAUUCUACAAGAAGCAUACCUUGCCACUUGCUAGAAAUGCCGGUGGAAGAGUGCACUCGUUUGUGCACGUCUCACUGGCUAGCUUGGAUGCGUAUUGUGACCGAUGGCCGUGGUUCUCUCUUACGACUGAAGUCUUCUUUGUUUCUUGUAAGCUGUACCUCUACGGUACUGUCUAGAUAUAAAUGUUAUAUUCCUAAGGUACUAUCUUAUAAGGUACUGACUUACCGUGUGUCUCGGUCACACGCGCCUUUUUAUGUUGCGAAAAUCCUUCAUUUCGAGGACUG